GGCAGUCACUCUGCAGACAUCCUUUUGGGGGGGAUACCCUAGUUACAUAGGGGGAGUCACACUAGUUACUUUUGUGAGGGGAGGAAAACAGCUAUUUGAAGGGGAUACUGUAUAUAAACCUUUUUGUUUGUGAUGGGGAAGAGAAAAAAGUAAGAGUGUUUGGGAAGGAGGGAGAAUAGCCAAAUUUGAGGAAGGGGAUAAUUUUUGGAUACCCUUGAGGGGGGUAAGGAGAAGAAUAAAUAUUAAUUUGUAUGGGUAGUGUGGAAAGGAAAAGUAAUUAAAUAGAGGGUUUGAAGGUAAUAGGUAAAUUGUACUCCUUUGUUUAUUUUGUUAAAAAACACACUCUAAGGUUGCUAAAAUACUCACUUGGAAUAAGUAUUAUUUGUUGCUAUACCAGAAUUGGAAAAAUCCUUGACACAUGCUUGCCUUAGUGCCUCAAACAUUGCAGCUGGAGUCUAUCUAGGAAUUAUGCUGUGUACAUAGAAUUUGAUCCUGGCCCUAGCAAUGUUGAUGAUGAUGAUGCUUGGGAUUUAGAAAUCUUUUCUUAGGCCUGCUAAACAUUUGUAGCAAAAUAGUUGGUUUCUCAAGAAAAUGAGUAUGAGCAGCAUAGGAUUCAUUGCUUUCAGAGGCUCUUAGCAAUAUCUGGGAUUGCUUAUUUACUUUUUAAUCUUACCCUUUCUCCAAAAACUUCAGGACAGCAUACAUGGUCUCCCGAUACACACUUUAUCCUCAUAACCACCUUGGGAGAUCUGAGCUAGCAAGAACAUCAUAUAAAUUCUCCAUGCUGCUUAUUUCUGGGGAAGAUGAAACGCUUAGUAUGGAGGACACCACUGGCAUGUCCAUUCACUUUACGGAGGACACAGAGAUGGUCCUCAAGUUCCUCUGCCAGCCAGGAGGAGAUGGUGCAAGAUACUGGUGCUGCCUCCAAUCAGCAACGCAUGAAUCCACUUGGCAUCCAGAUGCUCUCCAAGGGUCUUCAUGAGCAGAUUUUCCGCGGUGCCCAAGUACAGUAUUUAGAGGAAGACAUCCAGAAGAGCAUGGAACACUUGCAGAAGCAUGACUUGUGGGGCAAAGAGACAUCUACUCUUCCUGACGUGACGUUGCAGCUGCCCAAGUUGUAUGGGGCCAACAUUGAUGAACACUUCCGUAUCCUGGCACAGAAGCAAAGCCUCCCAUAUCUGGAGGCUGCUAAUGAACUUCUUCAGUCUGGAAUCCCACCAAUGCCCCCAGAAUGGGCCUGGAAAGUUGGAUGGACUCAAUAUGGACCCAAUGGGGAGAACAAAGCUGUUGAUUUCCCUGAUGAGCGGGCCUUGGUGUUUGAUGUGGAAGUGUGCAUGGAAGCAGGCCAUUGCCCCACCCUUGCAGUAGCUGUAUCCCCAAAUGCCUGGUACUCAUGGUGUAGUAAGCGACUGUUGGAGGAACGAUACACCUGGUCUAGCCAGCUGACCCUGUCAGACUUUAUCCCCUUGGAAACGGGUAGCAGCCUUGCCAAGCAGGAUUGGCUGGAGAGGCUGGUGGUGGGUCACAAUGUCUCUUUUGACCGUGCACACAUCAAAGAACAGUACUUGAUCCAGGGCUCCCGGAUGCGUUUCCUGGACACCAUGAGUAUGCACAUGGCCAUCUCUGGGCUGACAGGAUUCCAGCGCAGCCUUUGGAUGGCAGCAAAGCAUGGCAAGAGGAGAGGGGUGCAGCAGGUGCAGCAGCAUAUCAAGAAAACACACAGCAAAACCAACGGCCCUACGAUUGCCUCUUGGGACUGGGUGAACAUUAGUAGCAUCAACAACCUAGUAGAUGUACAUGCCCUAUAUGUUGGGGGCCAGCCACUGGAGAAAGAAGCCCGGGACCUCUUUGUCAAGGGGAGCAUGAAUGACAUCAGGAAUAACUUCCAGAACCUGAUGAAAUAUUGUGCCCUUGAUGUCCAGGCUACUUAUGAAAUAUUCCAGGAGCAGCUCCCUCUCUUCUUGAAAAGGUGUCCCCAUCCUGUCACAUUUGCAGGGAUGUUGGAAAUGGGGGUCUCGUACCUACCUGUCAAUAAGAACUGGGAGAGAUACCUGGAUGAAGCUCAGGUCACUUAUGAGGAACUGCAGAAGGAGAUGAAGAAAUCCUUGAUGAACCUGGCUGACAAUGCCUGCCAGCUGCUUCAUGAGGAGAGGUACAAAGAUGAUCCCUGGCUGUGGGAUCUGGAGUGGGAUGUCCAAGAAUUUAAGCAAAAGAAAAUGAAAAUUGUGAGGAAGAAGAAUCAAGAUGGUAACAAUGAACCUCUCAAAGCAGUGGGAAAGGCCUCUGUGCUGGAGUGGCAGGAAGAUCCUGGUCCCCCAACUGAAGAGGAAGAACAGCACGUCCCUGAGAGCCGGUUGUGCUUGGACCGUCUGAAGGAGACUAUGGCUUUGCAGCCAAAGAGACUUCAGCACCUGCCUGGCCAUCCAGGGUGGUACCGUAAGCUGUGCCCGAGGCUGGAUGAUCCCACUUGGGUCCCUGGGCCCAGCCUCAUCAGCCUUCAGAUGAGAGUGACCCCAAAGCUCAUGAGGCUCACCUGGGAUGGCUUUCCACUGCACUACUCUGAGAAGCAUGGCUGGGGCUACCUGGUGCCAGGGAGGAAGGACAACCUGCCAGAGAAUAUUCCAGACGCUGAGUUGCCUACAUGCCCCUUCAGAGUUAUUGAGCGUCUAUACCGGGAACACUGCAAGGAGAAAGGCAAAGAACAGCCUGUCUCACUGGAUACCUCUCUGGAAGAAGAGCUCAUGUUAACAGAAAAUAGCACUUUCUGGCAAAAGGUUGAAGAGCUUGGCCACCUGGAGAUGGACAUGGAUGCAGAUCCUGUAAACAAGCAACUGAGGCAGGAUGAGGUGGAAUGUGUAAAGAGCCAUCCUGAAUAUCACCAUGGCAAUGGGCCUUACAAUGAAGUUAAUAUUCCUGGGUGCUGGUUUUUCAAGCUUUCUCACAAGGAUGGGAAUGAAAACAAUGUUGGAAGCCCAUUUGCCAAGGAUUUCCUUCCCAAGAUGGAGGAUGGCACCCUGAAAGCUGGCAUAGGGGCCACAGAUGGGACACAAGCCCUUGAAAUCAACAAGAAGAUCUCCUUCUGGAGAAAUGCUCACAAACGAAUCAGUUCCCAGAUGGUGGUAUGGCUGAAGAGAGGGGAGCUGCCUCGAUCUGUGACCAGGCACCCAGACUAUGAUGAGGAAAACAGCUAUGGAGCCAUCCUGCCACAGGUGGUAACUGCUGGGACAGUAACUCGUCGAGCAGUGGAGCCCACCUGGCUGACAGCCAGUAAUGCCAGAGCUGACCGGGUGGGCAGUGAGCUGAAAGCCAUGGUCCAAGUCCCUCCUGGCUACCAUCUGGUUGGAGCAGAUGUAGAUUCCCAGGAGCUUUGGAUAGCAGCUGUCUUGGGAGAAGCUCAUUUUGCUGGCAUGCAUGGCUGCACAGCUUUUGGCUGGAUGACCCUUCAGGGGAAGAAGAGCAAUGCCACAGACCUGCACAGCAAGACGGCUUCCACAGUGGGGAUCAGCCGAGAGCAUGCCAAAGUGUUCAACUACGGGCGCAUCUAUGGGGCAGGGCAGCCCUUUGCAGAGCGGCUCCUCAUGCAGUUCAACCAUCGCCUGACACAGCAGCAGGCCAGCGAAAAGGCCCGCCAGAUGUAUGCUGUCACAAAGGGAAUUCGGCGUUGCUACCUGUCCGAAGAAGGGGAAUGGCUGGUGAAAGAGCUGGGCAUCCCCACAGAAAAAGGAGAGGAUGGUUCUGUGUCCCUGCAAGACGUGCGGCGGAUAAAGAGAGAAGCAGGAAAAAUGUCUCGAAGGAGGAAGUGGGAUGUGGUGAACCAACGAGUAUGGGCCAGUGGGACAGAGUCUGAAAUGUUCAAUAAAUUGGAAAGUAUUGCCAUGUCGGAAUCCCCUUGCACACCUGUGCUGGGCUGCCGCAUCAGCAGAGCAUUGGAGCCAGCUGCUGUCAAGGGUGAGUUUGUAACCAGCAGAGUGAACUGGGUGGUCCAAAGCUCUGCUGUGGAUUACCUGCACCUGAUGCUCGUGUCAAUGAAAUGGCUUUUUGAGGAGUUUGAAAUUGAUGGACGCUUUUGCAUCAGCAUCCACGAUGAAGUGCGCUACCUGAUUCAGAGUGAGGACCGCUAUCGUGCAGCUCUAGCCCUACAGAUCACCAACCUCCUCACACGAUGCAUAUUUGCAUAUAAACUGGGUCUUCAUGAUCUGCCUCAGUCAGUGGCCUUCUUUAGUGCUGUGGACAUUGAUCAGUGCUUAAGGAAAGAGGUGACUAUGGAUUGUGUUACUCCAUCUAACCCAACGGGGAUGGAAAGAAGAUACAACAUCCCCCAGGGUGAAGCUCUGGAUAUAUAUCAACUUCUCAAAAUAACUAAAGGCUCAUUGGAGAAACAAAAUAAGAUAUGAGACUUCAUCUGAUGGGUAACUUACUAGCUCAGGGAAUCCUCCUAGAAGACACCCACCCACUCCACAAGACUUGCCCUUUCUUCUCCGAGGUGGCCAGAAGGAUGGAUUGCACUUUUAACUGGGCUGUGCCAGGAUGGUUCUUCAGUAAGCUACUAUGGUACAAGCACUCAGGGAAUUCCAUAUAUUUUGCAUGGCAAGCAGAUACCUAAUUAAAGCCCAGGCUGGAAAAGAGACAGUCAUGUUUGUUCAUUAAUUCUUUGCAAAGCAAGCAUAACUAAGCCAGAACUUAGUAAGGCAGUUCUUAUUUUUUUCGUCGCCUCUUCUUUUUGGGUUCCUGGCUGUUGUUGGACUGUGCAGAUGCAAUGGUCUAAAAGAGAUGAAAAUAAAGUCCAGCAGUAAACGCACCAGAGCAUUUUCCAUGAAUUACUGAAGAUACUUAGACAAAGCACCUUUCUGCUCUAAGAAAUCUCCCAUGUACCCUUCUGUUUAUUGCCUCCAGCUUGAAAAGGCUUGAGAGGUGAUAGAAAAGGAUAUGUGUAUUGAGUUCCUCAUCAUUUGCUUAGAUAUUCAUGUUUUUUCCUUGCUUCCUAGCAGGACCAGGAGUGGAUUGUACCCUAUAACCCCUGAUACACAUUGCUAGUGUACAGUAAAUUGGUAUUCCCUCUCUAGAUUAGCAUACAACUGACUGAGCUCCAUAUGCAUGCCAGAGAAGGGGCAUUGGGGGUCCAGGUUUGCAGUGAUAGCACCAAAGUAAGCACAGCUCUAACUUACACCCUUUUAAAUUGUGUACUGACCUGGUCGUUAUCUGGCUCGUUCUCUGUAUCUUCAGUGUUCUGUUCCUGUAGAGCGCUCUCCAAGGUAGACACAUUGAUGCGGAAGUCACGGGAGGUGCUCAAUUUCAUAUAUUGCAUUAGGUUGACCUGCAGCAGUCAGCCAAAAGGAUGGUCAGAGUUAAAGUCUGCACUCCUACAGCCAUAGCUUAUCUAAUACUUAACAUAGAAGCAAAAAGCCCAAGUUACUAUUUUAUUUUUCAUCACAAGUGACCUUAAAGUAGUCAUAUUAAAAAUUACAGAACACAACCAAUAGUAAGAGAUCAAUAAUGAAACCACCUAAAAAUUACUAUUCCACCAGUCAGGCACAAGGUUCAAAGGCCAACUAACCAAAGUCUCAAAAAGCAAGAGAAAACAGACUUAACUCACUACUCCAAAGUAUUUGAGAAGAAUACCAAUUACAUAUACAAAUGCAUCUGAAAAAUGAUUAGCUUUUUAAAAGAUUGUGAGAGUAGUUGCAGAGCCAGUCCUUCAUUUAAACUGCUUAGUUUUUGAAGUGCAAUAUAAAUAAUAAUUCAAUUUAUUAUCAACUUGCAUAAUAUUUAUAAUGAAUGAAUGCCAAAAAGUUGCAGCUAUGUUCUUCGAGUAUUACCUUUGACUUUUUUGAUAGAUGGAUCAGAAAAUUCUCAUAUUGUUCUAUGGCAUAAAUCAAGUUUGGAAUUGGCUUAGUCUCCCGCAGCACUUUGGCCUAUAGAGGGAAGAAAAGUAUUGAGCAGGUUAAAUAGGGUGAUAGUAUACAGUUAUAGGGUAUCUCACAAUAAGCCACUAUAUAAGCCAUCUCUGUUAUCUUUUUGGCACCUGCUGAAGACCUUCUUUCAACAAGCCUUUUAAGUAGAGAUCCCAGUCUGUGUUGGAAUUACUUUUAAGGAUAUUAUUAAAGUUGUUUAAAAAAUA